GCCCUCUCACUCAGUCUCUCUGGCUUGAAGUUUUUUGAAGGGAAGGAGCUGAGACUGAAGCAGGAGUACUUUGUGGUGGCUGCUACCUUGCAAGAUGUCAUCCGACGUUUCAAAGCCUCUAAGCUUGGGUCCAGCAGUAGUGCCGGAACUGCGUUUGAUGCCUUCCCAGAUCAGGUUGCCAUCCAGCUGAAUGACACUCACCCUGCCCUCGCCAUCCCUGAGCUGAUGAGGAUUUUUGUGGAUAUUGAAAAAUUGCCCUGGUCCAAGGCGUGGGAGAUCACCCAGAAGACCUUUGCCUACACCAACCAUACAGUGCUCCCGGAAGCCCUGGAGCGCUGGCCUGUAGAGCUGGUGGAAAAUCUGCUUCCUCGACAUUUGCAAAUCAUUUACGAGAUGAAUCAAAAGCAUUUAGACAAAAUUGCCACCUUGUUUCCUAAAGAUGUCGACCGCCUGAGAAGGAUGUCUCUGAUAGAAGAGGAAGGAGGCAAAAGGAUCAACAUGGCCCAUCUCUGCAUUGUGGGCUCCCAUGCUGUGAAUGGCGUGGCUAAAAUUCACUCGGACAUCGUGAAGAACCAAGUAUUCAAGGACUUCAGUGAGCUAGAACCAGACAAGUUUCAGAAUAAAACCAAUGGGAUCACUCCAAGGCGCUGGCUGUUACUCUGCAACCCAGGACUGGCAGAGUUAAUAGCAGAGAAAAUCGGGGAGGACUAUGUGAAGGACUUGAGCCAGCUGACGAAGCUGAACAGCUUCCUGGGUGACGACAUCUUCCUCCGGGAGAUUUCCAACGUGAAGCAGGAGAACAAGCUGAAGUUUUCCCAGUUUCUGGAGAAGGAGUACAAAGUGAAGAUCAACCCAUCCUCCAUGUUUGAUGUGCAGGUGAAGAGGAUCCAUGAGUAUAAGCGGCAGCUCCUGAACUGCCUGCAUGUGGUCACCAUGUACAACCGCAUUAAGAAAGACCCGAAGAAGCUAUUCGUGCCCAGAACAGUUAUAAUCGGUGGCAAAGCUGCCCCAGGAUAUCACAUGGCCAAAUUGAUCAUAAAGCUGAUCACUUCAGUGGCAGAGGUGGUGAACAAUGACCCCAUGGUUGGAAGCAAGUUGAAACUCAUCUUCCUGGAGAACUACAGAGUGUCUCUUGCUGAAAAAGGUAGUGCUGUCCUCACAAACCAUGCGGGCCCAGGGCACAUGCUAGGGAUGGAUUACACGUUAUAGAAAAAUGGAGUAGCU